AUGGCAAACUUUGAGUCCAAUAUAGAUUCCUCAGCAGGACUCGAGCAUGAGUCAUAUGUUUAUGACACCCAGCUCUCUGCCUUGACCAUGUUGACUGCAAAUGUCACUGCUGAAGAGUUGGAAACCGUUUUGACCACAGUAACCAAGUUGCCCAUGGCGCACAACGACAUGUUGCUCAUGUCUGAUUUCAGUCUAGGACAGUCCUUGGACGACCCUCGCGUGAGUUAUGACCUUGGAAGUGAUGUAUUGUGGGGCAUAGCCCUAAAGGAUAAGAUUCUGGGCCUUUUGCAAAUGUUUACUCACCCUUACGUGCUCAUGCUCCCCAUCGCAGUCAAUGGUUUUGUAGCCUUUACAAGGGAGCAGAUUGCAAAGGAAAUCAUGUAUCAUAUUGCCUUCCAUACCACCACCACAUGUCGAGUCAGACUCGUUAUGGCUGAUCUUGAGCCUGCGGUGUUCAGGCAUGCCCCACACCCUCCUUGUUACAAUGCCCUGAUGAUAAAGCUGAUCAGCAUUUGGGAGAUAACUGACAUCAUGCCUGCCUUUCUGACUGUCAGCCAAGUGCAUCAAGAACUGCGUGAAUCUGCUUUCAUGCUGCUGCAUCAGCGAGGCCGAUGUUUGCUGCAUCGGAAGGCCAAACAAUCCUACAGCUACUUCUUCGUCUGCUAA